ACGACGGGGACGUCUCGCUUUCUAUAUUACAAAUUCACAUUUACUUCUCUCUAUAUAGACCAGUUCUCUUUUGGUCGGCGAAUCUCGCUGAUCAUUACGCGCGCUAUCAUUGUGCAAGCUAAGGAGAAGGGUUCGCAAAUGAAACUCCGAAUAUAACGCUAACAUUUCGCGCAAACGGCAUCCAUCGGCUAAGGGAUAACGAUCCAGAGAACCGUCUCCGCUUUAUCCCACUCUUUCAUUAUUCCAUUGAUGGAGCGCCUCUCUCAUUCGAUUAAUCGGGAAAAGCUUAUCUCGCGAAAAGUUGCUCUCUUAGCAAAAUCUUAAAGUCGCGUGAUAACCAAAUUCGCUACGCGAAUAAAACAACUCUACUCCUUCGCGCCUCGAGAUUGACUUCAUGACUGGUAUCGGUGUUUGACAGUUUGCAGUGUGAUCGAAGAUAUAAAAGUGACUUGGUAAAACUUGAUGUGAUAAAGCCACAUCAUGUCGUAUCGGCUAUUUCUAUCGUCUAUUCUGUGUAUUCUCUGCACAAAUCUCGCUACAUUAUAUCAUGUCUCCGCACAAAUUGAUGUAUCAAGGGACAAUGAUAUUAAUAGCCGUACGAUACCCGCUUAUGCCGUCGCUUUAAGAGCCGAUCUUCUCAACUCGACGAUAUGCGAGAAGGAAUUGAAAGACUUCCGAGAUGCUGUCGAGCAACGGAUAUUGUGGAGUUUGAAGAUGUUGGACUCUAGUGGCGGAGUUAAAUCAGGUUUCCUUUACGGAAAUAAUUAUUGGUUGGGCAUCAAUAACCAGUGCUUCGAUACAAUGAACACGGAUCCUCUAGAGCUUUUAGAUAAGGAUUUAUUGAAUAAUACGCUAUACCGUGAUCCGCAAAAGGAGUUUCCGCCUUUCGAAGUGACUUACUUCGUUGCUUAUUUUAGACACAACAGUACUCUUCAGUACCAUGUGAAUUUACCCAAUGAAGAUUUGAUUACGCUCGGUCUCUGUUUACCAGCAUCGUGCUCUAUAAGCGAGUUAAGCUUCAUUUUGGAAAGAAUAUUUCGCGAUAGAACUUUCUUAAUCAAUGAUCUCUAUUCCAUGGACUUUAAGCUGAUCGAAGUUAAAGAUGUAAGGGACGAUCAUCAAUGGUUAUUUAGUGGUGCGAUGCUUCUCAUCUGUAUUGUUUUAGCAGUUAAUAUUUCCAUGAUGAUAAUCGGAACGGCAUACGAUAUACUCGUGUAUCAAAAAUAUUUAAAUACAAAUAAUAAAACUACUAAAGCUAUUGGCGAAAACACACCCGAGGAGAUGGAAAUGGCAGUGUCUUCACAUAGAAAAAAUAGAAUCGGAGAAGUGCUAAUAUGUUUCUCCGUUUAUACAAAUUCGAGAGCAAUAUUUAACACGAAGAUAGACAGUGAGGCAAUGCCUGUCAUUCAUGGCUUAAAAUUUUUAAGCAUGGUUUGGGUAAUAAUGGCCCACACCUCAUUAUACUCAAUGGAUUAUCUAGACAAUAAAGCAUGGAGUUGGAGAGUCAGCAAAGGCUUGCCCAUACAGGUAUUGACCAAUUCACAUAUAUCGGUCGAUACCUUUUUCUUUAUAAGCGGCUUCUUGGUGGCCUAUUUAUAUCUGAAGAACGUAACGGGCAAAGGACGAAUUGAACCGAUUAAUUAUAGAGCGAAGCUAAAUGAGUUCUUUGUCUCAGUAAUAAGAAGAUAUAUCCGGCUGACACCGGCUUCCAUGAUGAUGGUGGGAAUACUGCAAUUAAACUCGGGUUGGUACAGCGAAACUUCACAAUUUUACAUGGACGAGAGACCGCAUGAAACUUGCGCAAAAUACUGGUGGAGGAAUCUUUUGUACAUAAAUAAUCUGUUCAAUCGCAGAGAAUUGUGUAUGAGUUGGAGUUGGUAUCUAGCUAAUGAUAUGCAAUUCUUUAUAAUUGCUAUAACGCUACUGAUUUUGUCUACCAUAUACUUUUACACAGCUGCUCUCAUAUUGGUCGGACUUUUAAUAGGCUCGAUUGUACUCAGCGGUUACAUUUCAUACAUCUACGAAUACGUUCCGAUAUUAAGCGAACUAUACAGACUUAUAGAUGUCUUAUACUAUCCGCCGUGGGUAAGAAUAGGUCCAUAUAUUAUUGGAAUAAUUGCAGCUUACAUUUUAAUAAGAUUAAACAAAAGGACGACCUUAAAAAGGACAACCUUAAUUUUAUGUUGGUGCCUAGGCAGCGCUUGCAACAUUUUCGUAUUAUUCGGUCUUUACAAUCGACGCAUAUCCGUUCUGUCAAGUGCUAUCUAUGUCGCGUUAAACAGAACAGUUUGGGCCAUAGGUAUAGCGUGGAUUGUUAUAGUAUGCUCCACUAAGCACGGAGGUAUCAUUAAGCAAGUGCUAUCGUUCAAAGUCUGGAUACCUCUUAGCAGACUCACAUAUUGCGCUUACCUUUUGAAUCCUUUCAUCAUACAUUCGAUUCAUUUGCACGACGAAUCGUCCACUCACUUGGAGUAUCUAUCCUUGGGAACCAUGUUUAUGGGACAAGUUGUAAUUACUUACUUCUGCGCUUAUGCAUUAUCCUUAAUGGCAGAAGCGCCAUUCAUCAUGCUAAUGCGAAUGCUAGUCCAAUCUCGUAGUAAAAGGAAAUGUAGGAGGAACGAGAUUAUAAUUUCGCAUACGAAAUUGUGAGAAAUACUGUAAUAUCAUUAAUACGUAAUUAGCAUGACAUGCAAUGGUAUUCCGCUAUGGAAAAUUUCGAUAUCGAUGAAGCUGGAUAUAUAAUUUACAUUGGUGUUCAAAUUAGAAGGAACGUUGCACUUUAUACGGUUGCGAUGAAUUCAUUGAACUGCAGGCAAAUGCGCAUACGAGUCUAGAUUUAUCUUUAUGGAGUGUGGGCGUAUUGUACAUAGCAUCCACAAACGGAAUCAGUCAAAAUAUCUUAUACUGGCUCAAGUAUAAGUAGAAUCAAAGUAGAUCAAGAGUUUACAGCUCAUUUACAAAACUACAAAUAUUAUCAGACGAUCCAAGUUCCCAGCGGCGCUAUGUGUGAACCGGGGAAUGUAUUCUGGGUGGCGCCGGCGAAGUCACAGACCGAUUCGCUCGAGAAGCUUGUUCGCGCCUGCCUUCUUCCAACUGCUUUUCGAGUUGCUCUUUUAAGACUAGAAGUUCCCUUGUUCUUUGAUAGACCGGAUCCUUAAAACGGAGAUAAAUACAGGUGUUUUGACAAAAAUAUUUGCCUAAUUCAUAAACUAUUUAUCAAAAUAAUCUUAGAUAAAUAGAAUUUAACGUACCUGCUGCCGCAUGCUGGGGUUCCAUCUGCAGUAUAGACUCUUCCACGGUUUGAUGUACCGCAUACUGGCGACUGGCAUUAGGACAACCUGAUAAUUCGUGCCAGACCGAUAAAGAGGAUUCAGAUAGAGAGGUAAUUGACUGUUGGUAUACGACCAGAGAGAAACUGUUCUUUGCUUCACUUGCUCUUGUACUCUUUCGCGUUCACUGUAAAUUGGUAAUGAUGUGACUCCCGAAAAAAAAUGUGAGACAAAUCUAUAUAAUAUAGUAUACCUGCUGAAUAAGAACGUGCCGAAUCUGCAAGAAUAGAGAUGAUCGACAAUGGUAAUUAGGAAAUGUUCGUUGAAUUCAAAAGCGUUGGGGAAUUGCCGCGUUAUUUGCCAGACGCAAUCAAUAAAUUGUAGAAAUACUGGUGAUCUAUCUGCAUCGCUGUGAUGUUCAUCUCCAUGGCCUAUUCUCUAAAAACAUUUUAAUCAUUAUUAAUUAUGGACAUGAUAGUAACAUAAGAUAUCGUAGAAAUGUUUAUAAAUCGUUGCGAGCUUUAUAGAAAACUUUAAAAAAAUUUGAUAUCAUGGUACCUGUUGAAAUUUGUGCCCAAAACUAAGCCACUCCUUUUCUAUUAGAACUUCGAAUCCCUUGACCGUUCUAUAAUAUGGAUCUAACAUUAGCAUUGCGAGAGCUGUAAGCUAAAAAAACAGAGAUAUAUAUAAUUACAGUAAUACUUAAUAGAUGCAAAUUUAAAAAUAACUUAGCUUAGAAUUAAGAAGUAUUUACCUGUGCUGUUCGAUCCCAACCGUCGGAACAGUGAACCAAAACAGAAGUCUUGUGAUUCUCAACUUUAUCCACAAUUCUUACAGCCCCAGCAAGAACACAUUUGAUAUGUUUGAGCCACAUUGUCGAUUCUAUGCCCGAUAACCAUCGAGCUUCAUCGAUUGUGGGGAAACAUAAUUCUGAAACAGAGUAUAUAUAUGUACAAAAAUAAAGGCAGCGUUACAUUACUAGA